UGGUUCGGCCCGGUUUCGCUCCAUCCUUCCCUUGUCGUCCUCCACCUCUUGAACUCUCAAACUUCAGCCGCAGACAUGGAGAGAACUUUCAUCGCAGUGAAGCCCGACGGCGUGCAGCGCGGCCUCUGUGGCGAGAUCAUCAAGCGCUUCGAGCAGAGAGGCUUCCGACUGGUGGCCGCCAAGUUCAUGCAGGCCUCUGAGGACCACAUGAAGAACCACUACCUGGACCUGAAAGACAUGCCUUUCUACGCCGGACUCUGCAAGUACAUGUCUGCAGGGCCCAUCCUCGCCAUGGUGUGGGAGGGGCAGAGUAUCGUCAAGCUGGCCAGGAUGAUGCUGGGGGAGACGAACCCGGCCGACUCCAAACCUGGAAGCAUCCGUGGUGACCUGUGCAUCAACAUCGGCAGGAACAUCAUCCACGGCAGCGACACCCUGGAGAACGCCAAGAGAGAGAUCGACCUGUGGUUCAAGGCUGAGGAGUUUGUGUCCUACACGUCCUGCGCCCAGGCCUGGCUCUACGAGUGAGAGGCCCAACUGGACCCACCCGCCACAUCUCUCCCUGAAAAUAAACCACUGAACUCAAA